CCUGUGUAACCGCCUCACUGAUGUAACCAGACUCCACCCCCUGUGACCUCGCUGACAUGUGACCACACACUCCUCCCUGUGUAACCGCCUCACUGAUGUAACCAGACUCCACCCCCUGUGACCUCGCUGCCAUGCCCCUGCAGGAGCUGCGCUCUCGCGAGGAGGAGUUGACACGGGCAGCACUGCAGCAGAAGUCGCAGGAGGAGCUGCUGAAGCGCAGGGAGCAGCAGCUGGCGGAGCGCGAGAUCAACGUGCUGGAGCGGGAGCUCAACAUCCUCAUCUUCCAGCUGAACAAGGACAAGCCCAACGUCAAGAAGAGGAAGGGCAAGUUCAGGCGGAGCCGGCUUAAGCUGAAGGAUGGGAACCGCAUCAGCCUGCCGUCGGAUUUCCAGCACAAGAUCACCGUCCAGGCCUCGCCUACCAUGGACAAGAGGCGGAGCCUCAACAGCAACACGUCCAGCCCCCCCAGCAGCCCAACCCUCAUCCCCCGCCUGCGUGCGAUCCAGCUGAGCACCCCCACUGACCCUGCCAGGAGGGACAGUAUGUAUGUUUACCACCAGGAUGUGGAUGUGACAAGCGAGUGUGAGCCCCCUGCUGGGCUUAGAAAAAAAGUGACCCUGGACGAGAGCAACCGGACAUGGGGGCGGAGCACGAUGUUCAAGCAGGAGGAGUUCGAGGACGUCAGGAAGGGCUUCCGGAAGAAGGGCCGCACGUGGGGGCCCAGCUCUGUCCAGGCUAAGGAGCGCGCCGGCUCCGCCGACAGGGUGAGGCCUCUCUCCGACGGUAACAACCCCUGGUCCACCAGCUUGAUGAAGACCCAGAGGUCUGUGCCUCUAGCUGCACUGUUUGCCGAGCAGGGGACGAACAUGGACAGGGGGUACGCUACAGAAGGCCCCGACGGCGGCAAACCAAAACAGGUAAAGCUGCCCAGUCAGGUGUAUAUCGAUCUACCUCUGUGGAGUGACGAGCAGCGAGAGACAGGGGGCGCUGCGGACAGCCUGGAGGACCCCAGCACCUCCACCAGCUCGGCCAGCACCACACCGCAGGUCACGCCUACCAAUAGCCUGAAGAGGGCGCCAACGCGUCGGCGGACGGACGCGGCGCUCUGGGGCUGCGCGUCGCUACUGGCUUCCGUGGCACUGGGCUUUGAUCUUCGUGAGGCCCUCAAGGGCCCCUCCCUUGAGGAGGCACCAGAGCCACGCGAGGAGAAGAAGAGGAAGGAGGGCCUCUUCCAGCGUGCUGCCCGCCUCCGGCGCAGUACCAGCCCCCCCAGCGGGGGGCGCUCUCGCAAGGAGGAGGUAUCACCGGGCCCCCCCAGCCUGAUAGCCAUGUCCUCCAUCUCCGAGUGUAACUCCACCCGAUGCCUCAUACAGCCAGACUCCGAAGGUGCUGACCACGUACCCGCAAAGAAGGUGCCGCCUGGAAACCCGGCGGAGUACAGGGCCCACCCCUGCAUCCGGGGAAGCGGCACGUCCGGCAAGCCUGAGGCCCCGCCCCCAGCCCCAGCAGGGAGUAACUCCAAGCUGCGCAGGAAGAAAUCAGCCCCAGUUCUCUGUUACAACACUAACGGUACCUCAGGUUUUCAUGUGAGCCCCCUGGCACCCCCGUCUCCCGGCCCCGCUUCUGAGCGAGGCACCCCUAGCAAUGGCAUAUCCAGGCCGCGGCCCUCGUCACUGCGGGGCCGGCCGCACGCCUGGGGCCUCCUGCGGGGGCGUCACAAGAGCGCCUCGCUGGGCCGCCACGCCGGAGAGAAGCACGCGCGAGACCUGGCCGGCGGGGGCUGCUCGCUGCUGGACGUGGACACCGAGGGACAGAAACGGGAUUGCACCGUCCCCCUGUGCCGCAUCCAGAGCGCCCCCAGCGGGCCCUCUGUGUAUGAACUGGAGAAAGAGUUCCUGUCGUAGUGGAAACUGCCUCAUACAGCCCUGUAAUGAGAUGGGGCAGAACGUGGUGCACGGCAUUGUGGGAAAAAUACUCACGCUGCCACAUUUGAUCUGGGACCAGUGCUGAUUAUUUUUAUACGAAGAACAUUAUUUAUGUACGUGUCCUUUGAUACUUUCUUAGCUAAUUUAAUAAGAGGACACCAUGCCAGUUCAAAAAGACACAUUCCCGUUUUACUCGUCUUCACAUAAAGCACUUAGCGUGCUGUCUGAAAGUAGCUUGUGAACUGUAUCGUCAUGCACAUGCUCUGUUAGGCUGUCGAACAAAAAUAGAACAACUUUUUCUUGUUUUGUCUUUGUCCUUUGAUGUACUGUCAUAAUGAUCAGUUUUGUUUUUAGUUAAAUGCAGUGUUUUUUGUUUUUGUUCAGUUUCGUUUUCGUUUACAGAUCGGAGCUCUAGCGAUAAUAUUUGGAUGUGACAUGUUGGGUUCAGUCACCCUAAAUUGUCCCUGCGGCUGCUAUUAAUGAUUGUGUGCUUUACUGUGUAAAUUAUUAUGGAGAAGAAAAAAAAAACAGGUUUAAAGGCCUUUGAUCUCUGCCCUCUACUGAACAAAUGGUGGAUUGUUCUGAAUAGGCUUACAAAAACUGAGAAGGGGAUCUUUACGUUGCAUUACAGAGGUACUCAUUUGCUGAGUAGCCCAAUUUUUCUGUGGGUUCUUAGCGAUGAUUUUCUUACUGUGUGGAAAUGUUCCUGAAGUCGGUCGAUCGGCGCUGCAGGUCCACGUUAUGUAGAACAGUCAUGGCGUAAAAUGUGUCGUAAUAUUCUGGCUGUAGUCAGAUUGCCAGUUUUAAUCCUCAGUGCAUUGAUUAUGCUCAAAAUAUUUGUACUUUUUUAAAUGAAAGUAAAGGUAUACAUUUUCCAGAACUUGCUGCAGCUUCCCGCAAAGGGACAGUUAAGCCGUAGGCAGUAUUGAAAUAGGCGUUGUGGACAUUGUGCUGUAUGUUCACUCCCGGUUCUGCGGCGACGUUUUGUAGGUGAUGUGCGGCAUGAGCACCGUGCCGCGCCACACAGUGAUUCCUCCAGCUUUCAGUGUGUUUUUACAGUGUUGUCUACCAUUCAGUGAGCAUCAGAGGACCUGUAUGACACACCGACACUGAUAUGGUACUAUAAUUUCAUCAAUUAGUCUGACCCCUGCCCACCAAAUCGAUAAGAGGGUUUAGUGUGUCCUGGACAGACACCUGCUUGGUCCCUCCAGGCAGAAAAUUAGACUAUGCAAGGGACUGAUUAAUGUCUGUCUGAAGUUAGAAGCUCCCAAAAAGAGCUCUCAGCCCUCCGAUGUCCCUCAAGGAUCCCCCCCCCAAAUCUCUCCCAUGUGGGGAUACAAUCAAGCUUAGAGUAUUUUAUGCUUUUUAUAUUCACUCCUGUAAUUAAACGCUUUCUCCUACCAUGGUGCCCCAGGUACGGGAAACGCUUUUGGAAAAAACUGGUUCUUAACAAGCUGUAAGUAUUGAUUAUAUUAAAGUGACAUCAUUAAA